CCUGGACUAGUUGAUAUCCAAAAUCCCAUCUAAUCUUCAGAAUCAGUAGAGAAUAACCAGGAAUCAGGAUAAUUAAAAUAGGGUAUAAACCUUACCCCCUACAUUUCUAAUGAAAGUUAUAUGGGAAAAAUUAGGUAUGCAAGGAAACUAUUUUCAUUUUGAUCCUUUGCAUAGAAGCGAGACCUGGAAGCAGGAGUAGUUGCCUUGGACUAGCAGAAAACUUUCUCAGUUGGGCAGAACAGACACUUCCAAGUCCAUUUGCCGGUAAUCCUCUUCUUAAAGGAGUGUCUCCAUUUGUAGGUUGAUUUAUAACCAAAAAAGAAGUUUUCACAUAAUCACGUGAUGAAGUAUAACUAUCAACUGGAUUUAAUUUUUCUUGUUCCUCAGAAUGAGUGGGUGUGUUAUCUGGUACGUGUUUGGAGGGAGUGUCAUUGUUUUUGGAUAUAGAUCAUCACUUUUCCGGUAUACAGAAUUGCCUAACGUUCAACUCCCUUUUCCUGUGGAAAUCUGUAAAGCUAUUUAAUCUCAUGGGAAUGCAUUCCACUCUCAGGCCAUCUCUAACUGGCUUCAAAACUUUUUCUAUAAAAUAACAAUACUUUCCUUGUUCAUAAACGUUUUUCUCAGUGGCAGAGUUAUGAAAUUGGCAAAGCACAUGCUUAGAGAGUCAGAUAAUAAAUGGAAAAAGCUAUCAACAGGCCAGCAUGUGUUAGUUGCUUUUGAUCCCUUCUUUUCCUUACAUAAGAAGGAAUGAUAUUUACGUGUCAGGCAUGCUUUUAUAACUUUUCCAGCAUGGGAAAGUAGGUUCACUGAAAAAAAUGACACCAUGCAGGACAAGUCAAACUGCUCACUGAAAUGGCGCAAACCUUGCCACCCUUCCAUCCUUCCAGAAUAUUCUCUACCAUUUCUACUUAAUUUUGAUUUUUUUCUGGAGAUAUUAUUACAUCUCUAAAUAUGAUUGUCUGGAUCCAUUUCAGUCGGGUUCAUUUGGGAAAUUAUUUUGAGACUAUUUUGUUCACUUGGAUGAUCUAUCAAGUAGAUGAGGGAAGUGCAUGUCAAGGCCCAGCUCAAAAAUGACGUAGAACAGGUUCGGUUUUAUUUGCUCACACCCAAUACAAGACUAAAUCUUUCCUACUCUCACCCCAUUGGAUGAGCGCUUUGAGAUUCUUAGGGAGUGGCUAUCCUUACACUCUUCCUCUGUCUCCUAUCCAGCUCCAGGCUGUGUUGUGUCUUGUUUCUCCUGCCCCCCCAUCCCCGCUUAGAUAUGUACUCCUUCUUUCCUAGGAAAUUGCUGCUUCACUGCAGUCCAUCACAGUGCAGCCCUAUUAGUUCUGGACCUCUUCACUGCUUUUCCUAUCAACUAUGGUGUCCUAGGUCAGGGGUCCCCAACCUCCGGUCCAUGACCCGGUCCUCGGCAUACCAGCAACCGGUCCUCACAAAUAAGCAAAGCCCCAUCCGUGGGAUGCAGGCAGCACACAAAACCAUACACUCUCCGGUCCGUGGAAAAACCUUUCUCCACAGAAUCGGUCCCUGGUGCCCUAAAGGUUGGGGACCAGAGGUUCAUCACCUUGAUCAUUGAGUAUUUUGACAAGCCUUCUCCACUGGCCUAUAGAAAACAGCCUGGCAACAGAAUUUAGCUGAACCGUUCUUUCUGAACGGAAACUUCUAUGGAAAUUUAUUUUUAUUUUUCAAAAGGCAAAGGUACAUGGUACACCUUCUAAGUUAAGUUCUGAGAAGUUUUUUUCCAAAAUAGAUUUGUAGGUUCCUUCUGCUGGUUGAAAUUUCACUUGCUACAGUCUUCUGAUCACAACGUGGAAGUUACUGUAUAGGUAGUCCUCGGCUUACGAUCACAAUUGAACCGAAAAAUUCGCAUUGCUAAGCAAGAUGCUUGUUAAAUGAGUUUUGCCCCAUUUUAUGACUUUUCUUGCUACCACGAUUAAGUGAGAAUCCCAGUUAAGUUAAUAAACAUGGCUGUUAAGUGCCUCUGGCUUCCCCAUUGACUUUGCUUGUCAGAAGGUCGUAAAAGGGGAUCCACAUGACCCCGGGACAUUGCAACCAUCAUAAAUACACACAAGUUGCCAGGCAGCUGGAUUUUGAUCACCUGACCGUGGGGACUCUGCAACAGUCGUGAAGUGUAAAAAACAGUCGUAAGUCCCUUAUUUCAGUGCUAUUGUAACUUUGAAUGGGUCACUAAACGAAUGGUUGUAAGUCAAGGACUACCUGUGUCUGAAGGCCGUGCUGUGUCUGGCCAUCUGGCUGAUAUUUAGGAAGCCCCCUGUUUCCUGUGGCUUUCCUUGGGGCUGCUCCUGUUCAAAGCUGAUUAGGAAGGACACAUUUGGAGAAUAUCGCCCGUUUGUGGCAGUAGCAUCAUACGCAUUCUUGUCUUACUAGUUGACAUAUUACUCACUAGUUGAGCAUGCACUGAAUGUAUUAUUAGCCAUUUUUUUCUAUCACACUGCUAUCAAGUACCAGGAGAAUCAGAAAAUAGCUCUGGACCAAUGUGAGACUGUCUGCAUAUUGUUUACAGGUUAUUUUGGACUUGGGUAAGACUUAUCGUGUCAGAAUUGCUGCAGCAAUAAUUGGUGCCACUUCCAAAGGCUGCAAAACAAAGCCAGACUCUCCGUGUAGGUUGUCUUCCCCAGUGCCAGCCCAAGCAAUUGUCAGGACAUGCUGGGAAGACGGUUGGGCUUGGCGGAGUCCUCGAGUCUUUUCAGCCAUGAGGUCUGAAGGAGAACCCGGGGAUGAAGAGAGCCUGGCUGAGGAUCCAAGCUAAGAAAAGGAUGGCCAAGAUGCAUGCAGCAGGACAGCAAAAACCCCGAUAACAUUGUGUCGCCUCCUUGGAUUCAAGCGGACUGUUUUGGUUCUGUAGCAGGUGUAUUGUUUGUUCUUGGCAGCAAGGACUUAGAAUUCUAGGAUGAGUUGCUGGUUUUCAUGUGCUCUUAAAAACGUAUUGACUGCAGAUUGGAACAAAUAUGAUGAUCGUUUGAUGAAAGCAGCUGAAAGGGCUGAUGUGGAGAAGAUCUUGUCUGUCCUUGCUAAAAAAGGAGUGAACCCCACAAAAUUAGAUUUGGAAGGGAGAUCUGCAUUCCAUGUUGUAGCCUCAAAGGGUAACCUUGAUUGUCUGAAUGCUAUUCUUGUUCAUGGAGUUGACAUUGUUGCCACUGAUGUAGCAGGAAGGACUGCUCUGCAUUUAGCGGCAAAAUAUGGACAUGCGCUUUGUCUGCAAAAACUGUUGCAGUACAACUGCUCAACAGAAAAUGUGGAUCUGCAAGGACGUACUGCUCUUCAUGAUGCGGCAAUGUCGGAUUGUACAUCCAGCAUACAGUUGCUGUGUGACCAUGGAGCCUUGGUGAAUGCCAAAGAUGCUGAUGGAAGGACACCCUUGGUGCUGGCCACUCAGAUGUGCCGUCCAGCUGUAUGCCAGUUUCUGUUAGACAGAGGUGCUGAAGUCAAUGCAAGAGAUAAGCAGAAUCGGACCGCUCUGAUGCUGGGCUGCGAGUACGGCUGUAAGGAUGCUGUAGAGGUUUUGCUCAAAAAUGGAGCCGAUGUUACUUUGGUUGACGCGCUGGGCCACGACUGCUUUUAUUAUGCACGAAUUGGGGACAGUGCUGAAAUAUUGUCUCUGAUAAAGUCUGCCUUUGAAGAAUCCAGCAAAGCAGGUUACGAAAUAAUGAAGAAAGGGCAGCAACUAUUGAAGAUGCCUAGCAUGCUACCCAAAUGGACUCAACCUAAUAUCUUGGACGAAGUGAGCAAUAAACCAUUUCUGAAGGAGCACCAGAACGUACAGGAAUUAGAAAGAGAAAAUGAAGACUUAAAAGGAAGAAUGAGGGAAAUCCAGCAGGAACAACGAAUCCUACUAGACAGAAUAAAUGGGCUGCAGUUGCAGCUGAACGAGGAGCAAAUGGUUGCUGAUGAUCUUGAAACUGAGAAAGAUGAGCUUAGGAGGCUUCUGGCCACAAAGGAAAAGCAACAAGAAGAGAGCCUGCAAAUGCUUGAAACUCUGAAGUCAAAACUCAAGUUCCAUGAGGGUGACCAUGCAGGAUCCGGAAGCAACCUGAAUAACAGGAAAGAAAAUGUACUAAUGAUGGACUCAGGCUAUUCUGCAGCAUCCCAGCAAACGCUUGGUUUGGCGCCUGCUAAUCUCCAGAGCCGAUCAAUGGUGAGGCCUUUAGAGCUGUUAAGCCCAAUACAGUGUUGCCCCUCGGAGGCUGAUGCCCUCAGGCGAGAGCUCAGCAACAUCAGGAGCUGUUAUGAGGCAGCAAGAAGUGACCUAAGCAGGCUCCAGGCAGAACUGUCCCACAAGUCUGCAGAAUGCAAAGCCCUGGCAUCUGAGUGUGAAAGAAUUAAGCAAGAGUCGGAUCAGCAGAUAAAACAACUGGAAGAUGCUUUAAAAGAUGUGCAGAAGAGAAUGUUUGAUUCAGAAGGGAAAGUGAAGCAGAUGCAGACCCACUUUCUUGCCUUGAAGGAUCACCUGACCAAUGAAGCUGCUGCAGGCAGCACUAAGGUGACUGAGGAGCUAAAGGAGCAGCUGAAAGACAUGAAGGCUAAGUACGAGGGAGCUUCGGCUGAAGUGGGCAAGUUGAGGAAUCAGUUGAAGCAGAACGAGCUGUUAGUGGAAGAAUUCAGACGAGAUGAAGCAAGGCUGGUGGAGGAGAAUAAAAAGUUGCAGAAAGGACUUGGCAUGUUGAAGGUGGAACGUGAGACAAGGGAGAGGACUUUUUCUGAGGCAGAAGAGCAGCUGAAGGAAACGGCAGUGAAAUGGGCUAACAAAUUUGAAAAGAUGAAGGGUUCUCUGUCCAAUGAAAUUGACGAGAAGGGCUGGAAGAUAGCGGAGUUGGAGAAAGAGCGUGAAAAGCUGUGCACAGAAGUUCAGCACCUGAGGACGGAGCUUGAGAAGCAGAAAGCUCAGUUUGCUCACUAUGUGAAGCCAGAGGAACAUAAGCAUGUCAGAAGCAGAUAUGAGCAAAGGGCCCGUGAACUUGAGAAGGGACACUUGGAACUGAAACAGAAAAACCAAGCCUUGCAGAAGGCAGUAGAAAGAGCUCAGAUGGACCAGGGCCUCCUAAAGCAGCAGAUGGAGACCCUCAGGGAUGAGGUGAAGACCCAGUAUGUUCCUUUGAAGAUCAAUGAAGACACAAGGAAAACGGUAGGAGAGCUGAACAAGAAGCUGACGGAAACCAUUGAAAAAUAUCACCGGUAUAAAGGAGAAACAGAGAAACUGCUAGCAGAGAAACUGUGCCUACAGGAGAAGGUCAGUAAGUUUCAGACAGCUUACGUUCCUCCUGAAAAGCAUGAGAAGGAAAUAGGAGUCUUAAAAUCUACCUUGGCAGACUUGCAAAAGCAGCUUGAUGAAUUUAGCAAAAGAUACAAAAAAGAGCAGGCCAAAGUUUCUGAGCUGGUAACUAAAAAUGCAGCGCUCCAAGACGUCAUGAAGGAGCAGUAUGUCUCUUCAGAAACUCACGAAGAGGCAAAAACUACCUUGAACAUCAUGCUGGAAAGAACAGGUGAAGAACUGUCAGACCUGAAGGAGAAGAUGGAAAAGGUGAAGCAGGAAUAUAUGAAAGUGAAUGAAGAGAACGAUGCACUGAAGCAGAAGUUGAGGGGGCUGCAAAGUCAAAUGCAGGCUGAAUAUCUCAAUACAAAAGACCACGACAGUAAAGUCGCGGCUCUGAAUAAAAAUAUUCAGGACCUUCAGAGAAGCAACUCUGAAAUGCUGGCAAAGUACCAAGGAAAGCAAGAAGAAGUUGCCCAAUUGCAUGCAGAGAUUGAAGCCCAGAAGAAGGAGAUUGACUUGAUUCAAGAAUGCAUCAAGUCCAAAUAUGCUCCCCUUGCCAGUUUGGAUGAAAAAGAGCGGGACUUUGAGGCAACCAUAACGGAGCUGAAAAACCAGCUCCUGGAACAGGGGGAACAACUCAGAAUAAAAGAGGAAGAAAUCCAGAAACAUAUGGAGGAAAUCAGAAAGUUAACAGCUGGAAUCCUGGCUGUCCAAAAUGAUCUGCAGCAAAACUAUAUCCUUGCAGAGAAGUAUCAUGAAAUGGAGGGAAUGUUGGCAAGCCAGGUGGAUGACCUGAACAAGGAGUUAAAGGAGCUGCAGCAAAAGUUUGCUGAGGUCACAGGAGAGAAGGAGAGGCUUCAAGAGGAGAGUGCCAGACAGCACUCAGAGGUGCUCCUCAUGCAGAGCCGCUUGCUGAGCCAGUAUGUUCCUCUGGAGCAGGUGGAGGCCCAGGAGAGGAAGCUCAGCUGCACCAUUGAGGACCUGAAAGCAGAGCUUGACAGCCAGGCAGCCAGAAGCCAGCAAGAGCUGCAAAGAGCGCAAGAGCUGCAACAGGAACUGGCCCAUCUGCAAGCCACCUCAGUGCCUCUGGCAGAACACUCCCAAAUCAAAGAAAGGCUGGAGAAGGAACUGGCGGUCCUGCAGUCCAGAUGGAGAGAGAAGGAGGAAGAAAGCCAAACCAGAAAAGAAGAGGUCUCCCAGCUGCGCUCUGAACUUCAGAGCACAAAGCAAGCACUAAGCAAGCUGGAGAAGAGAGAGGUGGUGGAGGCAUCUGAGCACAAGAGGAUGAGAAGCAGGCUGGAAGGCCAGGUGAGCAGCCUGGCUGAGAAACUGGCUGAGCUGACUAAAAAGAUGGAGAAGCUGCAGGACGAUUCGCUGGAGACAAAUGCAGAGGAGCCAUCCUUGAAGGAUGAGAAGGAGCUGCUUCAGCCAAGAAACGUCAACAUUGAGCAGGAAAUCAAAGACCAGAAAGAGCGGUGUGACAAGUCUCUGAGCACCAUCGUGGAGUUGCAGAAAAGGAUCCAGGAGUCUGCCAAGCAGGUGGAGGCCAAAGAUAACAAGAUAACGGAACUUCUCAAUGAUGUGGAACGGCUCAAACAGGCCCUUAAUGGCCUCUCACAGCUUACCCACAACAUUCCUACAAAGAAGCAAAAUCCACAGAUGGAAGUGCUCCAGAACCAGGUGGAGACUCUACAGCAGCAGCUGGCUGAUGCUGAGAGGCAGCACCAGGAAGUCAUCUCAAUAUACCGGACACACCUUCUUAGUGCUGUUCAGGGUCACAUGGAUGAAGACGUGCAGGCAGCCCUGCUCCAGAUCAUCCGCAUGCGGCAGGGACUGAUUUGCUACGGGAAUUGAGGCUCUUUUUAGGCUGCAGACAACUUUGCCGACCUCUUAACGUCCCUUAGUGCUUAGGAGUUGGUAAUUCCCCCCCUCCCCCAGCUGCUUGUAGCAGGAAUAUGGAAAAAAUAUUUACGCAAACCCGUUUUUAAACAAAACGAAAAGAUCACCCCUGAUUUGAAAUAUAGAAGUUUUUAUUUAUAGGUAGUCAAAAUGAUGACCAAAGUGAAGUUCUCCUGAAUGUCAGAUUGACAGCCCUAAAAGAAUGCUAAUCCUGCCUUACCCAGGCAUCUUCCCCCCCCCCCUUGCAGAUGACGGAUCCUGAGCCAGGCAGCUCAGAGAAGGGGGCCUGCGUCUUCUUGGAGUGGGGGCUGGACGAGGCUGACGGUUUUUAUCUUGGCCUCAAGGCUCCCCCUGUGCUCCACGGCGGCUUGGCUGGCCAAGCUGCCUCUUUGAAGACUAGCUAAAAGUAGCAAUGCCUUUUUAUUGCUGUUUUCAGGAGAGGAAAAUACAUCAGAUAAUACUUUGCUUUUUACAAGAUACUUUUUCAUAGAGUGUUUAUUACUGAUUUAUUUGUAGUUUUAAGGACAGCAGGACUGGAUAGAUAAAAAUGAAAAGCUGUUAUGCAACCUUAAAAUGCAGCAGCUUAAAAUUUGUGUUCGAUUGUUACUUUUUUAAAAAAGAAAAAAAAUUCAACUGUUUACAGAUAAGCUAAUUAACAACUAAAAUAGUUGGGAAAAGUUUUUUAAAAAAUAAAUUUAAAAAAAAUGCAGAAGCAAAAGAAGACCUGUGCCUCUUGUAGUGGGCUUGGCUGUAGUGCUGGACUCCCCUCCCCUUCACAGCUACGAGUUGGAGGUGGAUCAAGGGCCGAAGAAGACCAGCUCGUCCUUUCCAGAUCUGUGGCUUGUUGAGGAAGGAGCAUCUUCCUAGAGCAGCAAGGGAAGUGUCUGUUCAGUUACCCAGGGAAUCGAAUUGUGUUUUAUGUAUAUUCUGUGAACGGGUGGCCGUGGCUGUCGGCCGUGGCUCCUUUCAACUUGUAGUGGGGAACUCUGCAGAAAGGGGCACCUGGAAAGACCCCUUUCUCUGGGGAAGCAUUGCUCCUGCUGUGCCUUAGCUUCUGCCACUUGUAUUCCAAACGAUGGGCCCCAAUUGCUCAAAUUCUUUGAUUUCACGCUAAGGUGAUUAAUUGCAACAUCUUAAAAUACAGUAUUUUGUAAAUUAUGUAUGAUAAUCCACUAUAAAGGAUAUUAUUUAUGCAGGGAAAACCUUUUGGUGAGAGAAUUAAUUUGGCAUAGAUGUUAUUUGUUUUAGGAAUAAAUAUAAAGGACUGGAAAGUUUGGUGUUGCUUUUUAAGUAACUUUGGAAUAGUUCCAAAAGCAGAUAUAUGGAGUUCUGGGGUUCUGGAAAAAAAAUCCACCUUUUUACAUGGAAAUGUUAAAAGCAGAUUGCUUAAAAUUCCUGCCCUUUGUCCACUUGCAAAGUGGACCUUCCAAGCACAGGGCACUAGAAUGUGUUGGACUGCAAUGGACUACAGGCUCCACGGCCGUUUCUCUGAGGCGACAGAGGAGAGGAAGUGGGGAAGCUUAAUCUGUGCGUAGAUUUGGUGGGCUUAAAAUGUUGACUUCAAAACUGAGAAAUUCAGAGGAUGCCUCUUGUGUUGCUCUUCUGGAAGGCUUAGAAUAGAUUAACCAAUUCACCAAGUGCUCUUGUUCUCAGCAACUUGAAUAACUGAACAAUAAUUGUCUGGUUUUGAUAUACUAAUACUUACAAGUAUUAUCAUUCUCUUUUCUCUGGGAGGUAUUUAUGUAUUUCUAGUCUCCCUUUUACACUACAUAUCAAUAAACCAUUAUUUUCUGUGUCA